AUGAGACAGGUUGUGGGUAAAGUUCAUUUCCUAAGCAUUAGAUGUAUGUUUCCUUCAAUUCCAAGUAUUGACAAUACAAAUAAUGCAACACCUGAAGCCAUAGAUGCUGACGAUGCUAUCAACAACAAUUCGAUUACCUCUCCCACUCCUCUAAUACGUAGACCUGGAGCAAAACAAGUCCAGAAAGAUCAUUCUCCUUCUGACAUCAUUGGAAAUGUUCAUGACUUAUGUUAUGUGUCAUUGUUUGAACCUAAAAAUGUGAUGAAUGCCCUUGUAGACAACGAGUGGAUUUUGGCUAUGCAAGAGGAAUUGAAUCAAUUUAAAAGAAAUGAUGUGUGGUACCUUGUCCCUCGUCCCAAAGACUCUAAUGUAAUUGGUACCAAGUAG